AUGAGCAAACGAUCCGCGGACGCGCAGGAAGAUGCAUGGGUAGCCUCCGAGGAUCGAUUUGUACUACAACAAGCGAAAAAAAAAGCCGCAAUCCGCGUCAAGGGUGGGAGAGCUCAGCCGGUGGACUGGCUUGCAGUCACGUUGGUAGUCAUUGAUCCUGAACAUAACGCCCUCGAUGACGAUGUCUCUGCGACGGAGCUGGAACUGAUCGACCCGGAGGGCGUGUUCGAGGGUUUAGACGAUGCGCAAUCGAGGGACCUGGAGAAGGGGAUCGAGACAUACCUGGCCCUGGAAACCAGCAGAAGCAAUCAAGAGUACUGGAACAUGAUGAAGACCAUUUGCAAGGAUCGUCGCCAAACUUCGCAUGGCGCACAGCCAGCGGCGCGCGGUGUUGGCUCGGUAGCAUCAGAUCUGGACAAACUUCUGGGUCCCAAGAGCCUGGAAGAGUUAGAGAAGUUGGAGAAGCAAAUCAAAGCCAAGUUGUCAUCCAACGAGCCUAUCGAUACCGACUAUUGGGAGCAUCUGCUCAAAAGUCUGCUCUCCUACAAGGCCAAAGCGAGGCUGCGGAAGGUAUCCCAAUCGAUACUGAGUGCUCGUCUUGGUGGCCUGCGCAAACAGCAGGCGGAAGAAGCAGAAUCACUCAAGUCUCGGCUCCAGGCGCGGAUCAAAUCACAGUCAGGGGUUGACCUGGCUGAGCAAAAGAGUAUUGGGCAUCCUGAAGAUCGACAUCCGCUCGAUCCGGAGCCAUUGCUCCGGCUGCGGCAAGAAGACAAAUCACUGGAGUCCAUGAGCGAGAAGGAGUUUGCAUCAAGGCUGCUGGAGGACAGGCGCAAGGUGUUGAAGCUGGGAUACGUGCCUAGUCGUAAGCGAACUGGUGACUCCUCUGGAGGCGAGCCUACAGCGAAGCGUCCCCGCACUGAACGGGAUGCUGGUUCUUCCAGCGCUCACUUUGAUCGUGAGGUUGCCCGCGGCCUGGGCGAGAACGAGGAGCUGUUCACACAGGAAGAAGACGUCAUCACAAAGAACAAGUCGCUGUGGGAGCACCAGUACCGUCCCCGCAAGCCAAAGUAUUUUGCGAGAGUACUGCUUGGCUACGAAUGGAACAAAUACAAUCAGACGCACUACGACCACGACAAUCCGCCGCCGAAAGUCGUUCAGGGCUACAAAUUCAACGUCUUUUACCCUGACUUGGUCGAUAAACAGAAAGCGCCAACAUAUCGCAUCGAGCGUGAAAACGGCAGAAAGCGUGGACAGACCCUCGCGCCUGCCGGAGAAGAUGACACCUGCCUCAUACGUUUCAUCGCAGGCGCACCGUACGAGGAUCUCGCAUUUCGUGUCGUUGACAAGGAAUGGGAUUACAGUGCGAAGCGAGAACGUGGAUUCAAGAGCAGCUUCGACAAGGGAAUUCUCCAGCUCCACUUUCAAUUCAAAAAGAUCUACUACCGGAAGUGA